CAAGUUCCGUGGUUUGAGACACAAACACAUUAUAUGUUCAGCUCAUCUACAACAAUAAAAUCUUCUUCCCAUAAUAUCCUAUUACAAAUUCUCCAAAUUUUCAUCAUGAGAAAGCCAUCAAUAACAUUCCCUCAGUUCCCCCAACUCCCACCGGAACUGCGUCUCUGCAUCUACAAACUCGCAACCCCUCCACCCCGCAUCAUAGAACUAGCCUGGUCCUCCAAAGCACGAACACUCGUCUCCCUCACACCUCCACCUCCACUCCUACAAACAUGCCACGAAUCUCGCCACUACCACAUCUCUAGAUACAAAUCUAUGGUUUUUGGCUACAGCAGUCAGAUAAUACUGGUUAACUUCGACCAGGACACGAUAUUCUUCGGGCCAGGCUGUAGACACCUUGUUCCGAGCGGAAGGUCUAAUCCUUGGGUAAAACAGAAUCCGAGAGUGAUCUGGGAUAUAGUCUCUUCCCUUGUUCUCGGAGAGAAUUUGUCUUUAGCAGUCUUUGAUCAGUGCUUCGCUGCCGGGAUUGAACAAUUGGAGACCCUUUGCAACACUUUGAAGCGAUUGGAGACUGUUAAGAUUGUUGGUCCACUUGGGCGUGGAGAAAUGACGGCAGAGGAAAAGAGAGUCAAAGAGCCGUUGAGAUUUGUCAGGUCUAGGGUGGUGGAGUGGGCUGAGAGGGAUGAGAGCACGGCUUGGUUCUUGGCUUAUGCGAGUUCGAGAAAGGAGGAUAGGAAAAUAAGCGUUGAGAGUGGAAGGGUUGCUCGAAAUGUUUUGUAG